AUGACAAAGGCUGUAAUGGUGAGGUGUUAUCUGCUCUGUUUACUAACUCUUGCACUCUGUUGUGCUUGUGGGUUAGUAUGGGCUGAUAGUCCUAAAGCUUCUGAUGCCCUUACUAAAACUUCCACUGUUGGUGUUCCUUCUCUUGUUCGUCGUGCUAUUUCUGCGGAGGAUGUUGGUGAACAAGGCAGUUGGAUUGUGUAUGAUGAAGAUGUUGCUGAGUCUCCACCUUGUGAUAAUUCGGAUUCUCAUGGUUGUCGUACAACCAUUGAUCCUCACAGAUCUGGUGGUGAGGACCUUAAACAGAAGAAAGUUGAAAAUGAAGAAGAAGUGAAAAGACGUCAAGAACCGGAUCAGGCUGACUCAGAACUUGAGAUAUCACAAGCAAGUCAUCUUGUCAAACAACACAGAGGUGCAAAUUUAAGCAAACCAUUAGGUGCCACUGGAGUAAAGGUACCUGAAGUUUCUCUUGGUUCUUCAGAGUCUUCUCCUGAUGAACGAGCUAAACAGCUUUCUUCUCGUUCUUCUGAUGCUCCUGAAGAGCCAACUAAACUUGUUUCUGAACUUUCUACGGAAACAAAUACAGAUAACACUCUUAAUAGUGGUAGAGUGGAACCUGGUAGUGUUAUUGAGUCUGGUCAAGUGGAUGAAAGUUCUGGUGGUUCUUCUGGUGGGAGUUCAGGUUCUAGUUCAUCCAGUGCAGUUUCUCAUCCUUCUCCUCCUACACAUAAUAAUCCAACACCUGGUGGUCCUGAACCUGCUAUUCCUACUCCUGCUUCUCCUGCUGAUGGGAGUAGUGUGGCUGCUGCUGACGGUCAAACUGGAAACAGCGGAAACAACAUAACAGGAGAAACUGCAGCUAACCAGAGAAAUAAAGCAACACAACCUUCUUCUUCUUCUUCCAACAAACCUGAUACAGGUAAUGCUGGUGAAUCUGAAACUACACUGACAGAGAACGGCACUGCAUCUACAGAGAGGGAGUCCACAAACAACCAAGAAGGUGUUGAAAGUAAUACAGAUAACACUACCACAUUAACAACACUUCCUCCUGAACUCACAAACAGCAAAAAGGGUGAUGGAGACAGCAGCAGCAGUAUCAGCAGUUCUGUGUGGGUGCGUGUACCACUACUGAUUGUGGUUACACUGUCCUGUAUUCUUCUGUGCUGA